AUGACCAACUGGCUCAACACAAUCUGUUUUGCACCAAAUACCACCUACCGAGAAGCAGUUUUGAGAAGUGAUCGAAAGCUAACCUGGAACUGGAUCAAUAGCUUCGGUUUAGUCAAAUUACGGCUGUUGGAUCCUGAAUUUCACGAAUUCAUUCGGCGAAGGGACCCAGCCCCCGAUGAGGAGGAGGUACUUGAUGCAUUGAAUGAGAUCCCGAAAGAGAUCAAUGCUUUCUACGAUAAAGCCUUGGAAAGAAUAUGCGUCAUGCCCAAUGCCUAUCUAUCUCUCCAAUGGCUCAUGUGCACCCUCCGGCCGUUGAGAUUCGUCGAAUUCGAGGACUUGAUCAACUGGGGUCAGACAAACAAAAAGAAUUCAGUCUCCAUUCGCCAUAGCUUUGGCAGUCUAGUGGCUUUUCCAGAGUCUCCAGACCGAGACGGCAAGCAAAUCGUGGAUUUUGCCUUUUCCAGCCUGGAGGAAUACCUCGUGAACAAAGCGGAUAGGUGUGGUGGACUGGCUGUGGUUCACCUCAUGAUGGCCAAUCAAUGUCUCGAGUAUAUCAACGAAUGUGUUGUCAAUACGGAUGACCACACCUUACAUGAAUCUGAUGAGGACGAAGUUGAUGGCGGGAAAGUACUGGAAUGUGACCUCCAAAGACGGCCGCUUCUUGAGUAUGCCAUCAACAACUGGUACAGACAUGUACUCGAGUAUCUAGAGUCCAGACAGGAUUCGGAACUGGUGCUGGAGUCUGUCCCAGACAAUGGGACUCAGAGCACUCUAUUGACAUGGCUACACCGGAUUUACAAUUACUGGGGUACACCGUUGCGGAACAUUUUCCACAAGAAGCCUCAAACACCCUCCGCUCUGGACUUUUCUGAGCGGUUGUCGGCCUCAUCGGAAUUUGCACAAUGGGUCAGCUCGACACGAAGAUUGGUCGACGAUUUGGAUCGGGACGUGGAACAAGUUCACAACGACCUGAAAGCGGCCGCGUAUAAGUGUUUUGAGCUCAUGGUUGAUCUUCUUAUUCAGCACCAAGCGCCCACAGAAACGGAAGCAACCACACACACUCCUCUUCAGGCGGCCUGCAUGUGCGAAUUCAAUCUCCUAAUUUAUUCUCUCCUUCAUGAUCAUAUUCACAACUCAAAUAUUCCACACUGCAAGGUCAAGAACUCGGAUAUCCCGCAAACUGGAAGGACAGAGCAAAUCAAGGCUAGGCCCGACCCCAGUCAUUCCUGGUGGCCAGACAGUGAUGGCACCAAGGAGAAAACAGCAGACUACGACGGCAAACGUAUGGUGAGGGCUCUUCUUCUGGCCGGAGCAGAUGUGAAUAAAACCAGUUCUCACGGAGACACCGCCUUGCACCAUGCCAUGGCCAAAGGUAACCUGGCUGCUGUCACUUUGCUCCUGCAGAGAAAUGCCGAUAUGGAAAUUUGCGCGACGGGUCCUCUCAAUGUAUUCCUCAAGACAGUGUUUCAAGCGCAUGAUAGCGAAGUAACGUCAGAGUUGGAAUGGCCCAUGCCCAUGAUUUGCUGCGGAACUCCCUUGCUCUGGGGAAUCCAGAUGGGGCAACACGACGCCGUUGAGUUUCUACUUGAUCAGGGUGCAGAAUUCAAGAAUCUCGCGCCGGUCUCAGGGCACACUGCACUCCAUGCCGCAGCCUUUCUCUCGGACCAGAGAAUGGCUCGGCUGGCGCUGGAUAUUGGCUGCCGAGUCAACGAUUGUGAGGCCAAUGGGUUUUCAGCUCUCCAUUUUGCUGUAUAUCAGAACAAUCUGGGCGUGGUUGAGUUAUUACUGGCUAAUGGUGCGGAUGUUAAUAUCCUCGCCAACUGCGGAUACCCUCCUCUGAUGUGGGCUCGGCACAUAAACAUCGUCAGGGUGCUCCUCAGAAACGGCGCAGAUUGGAAUGCCCCCCCGGAUAAACCACACACAGUACUAACUGUGGCGGCGUUCAACGGAUACCACGAGAUUGUGCGUAUGCUUCUUGAAAAGGGCGCCCCCGCCAGUUCAACUGCCUUGCGCUAUGCGACGUGCGAAGGGCAUACGGAAGUAGUACAAGUGCUUGUGGACUUCGACAUUCCCGUUGACAUUUUCUUGCACGCCAAGCUUGGAAUAACCGCCCUGCCACUUGCGGCUGGACGAGGCCAUUCUGAUAUUGCCACAAUCUUGCUGAGAAAGGGUGCCAGUCUCUACAACAAACACCCUGUUUUCGGUUCCAUACUAAAUGCUGCUUCAUUCGGCGGCGAGGAUAUAGUCUUUGACGCAUGUUGGCAACAAGAGCCUUCUAUGCGACAUGAGAAAGAUGCGUAUGGGCGUACUGCCCUCUACUUUGCUGCCCUGGGCGGACAGGACAAGAUGGUUGGGAAGCUCCUCAAGUUAGGGUACAAAGCCAACGCCAAGGAUAACCAUGGCCGAAACGCAUUGCAUGCUGCAGCAUCAGGUGGCUCGCUAUCUGUAGUGGAGAAACUGCUUGAACAGCAUCCGGAAGUUGAUCCUACUGAGACAGAUGAUGACGGCUGGACUGCUUUACACUGGGCGGCUAAGGCUGGGGAGAAGAAAGUGGUGGAAAAGCUGCGAGGUGUAUGUUUGAGAGAGGGUAGAAUGCCUGACGACAACAAAUGGCCACCAGCCCGUAUUGCGAUAUACCAUGGGCAUCGAGACCUUCUGCCACUUCUGGAGGGAAAGCAGACAGGAGAAAACGUCUUUCCACAGUCCGAAUGGCAUUGGUGGAGUGCAGGUCUUAUGCACAAGGAUUAUGUUUGUGACAGUUGUCUCAGGGUACGCCAAUCUUCUCUGCAAGCUGCUAUGGUGCGUGGAUUUCUAACAGAAAAGGGAUGA